GGCAGUAUUAUUUCCGGUGUCUGCUGCUGAGCGGAAGUGGGAGGGGUGUAGUGGAAAAAUAAAACAGUACUCUUUUCCGGUUCGGGACACAGUUGAAGCCACUACGGAUCGGCUAACCGUUUGUGAGGAUGACGCGGCACGGCAAGAACUGCACUGCAGGGGCUGUCUACACCUACCACGAGAAGAAGAAGGACACAGCGGCCUCAGGCUAUGGGACCCAGAACAUUCGACUGAGCCGGGAUGCUGUGAAGGACUUUGACUGCUGCUGUCUCUCGCUGCAGCCCUGUCAUGAUCCUGUGGUCACCCCAGAUGGCUACCUCUAUGAACGGGAGGCAAUCCUGGAGUACAUCCUACACCAGAAGAAAGAGAUUGCCCGGCAGAUGAAGGCCUAUGAGAAGCAGCGAGGAGCCCGCAGGGAAGAGCAGAGACAGCUUCAGCGAGCAGCAGCCGAGGACCAAGCUCGAGGCUUCCUGGAGAAGGAGGCAGCCAUCGUGAGCCGGCCCCUCAACCCCUUCAUGCCCAAGGCUGCCACCUUACCCAACACAGAUGGUGAGCAACCAGGGCCCAGCACGGGUCCCCCAGGGAAGGAGAAAGACAAAGUGCUGCCCAGCUUCUGGAUUCCCUCCCUUACGCCUGAGGCAAAGGCCACGAAGCUGGAAAAACCAUCCCGCACCGUGACUUGCCCAAUGUCUGGGAAGCCACUACGCAUGUCAGACCUGACGCCGGUGCGCUUCACGCAGCUGGACGACUCCGUGGACCGCGUGGGGCUCAUCACACGCAGUGAGCGCUACGUGUGUGCAGUGACCCGAGACAGCUUGAGCAACGCCACGCCAUGCGCAGUGCUGCGACCCUCUGGGGCUGUGGUCACUCUGGAGUGUGUGGAGAAACUGAUUCGGAAGGACAUGGUGGACCCCGUGAAUGGGGACACGCUGACAGAGCGCGACAUCAUCGUGCUGCAGCGGGGCGGGACAGGCUUUGCAGGCUCAGGAGUGAAGCUGCAGGCGGAAAUGUCCCGGCCAGUGAUGCAGGCCUGAGCUAUGACCUAAUAAACCUGCCUGUAAACCGA